GAAUUUUGCAAACAAAGAGAGAAGGAAGGAGAGAAUGGGGCAAACACAAACACCAGCACUCCUGCCUCCCCCCCAUUUCCAGGUGACAGGAACAAGCAAACGAUGACAGACUGCGGGUGGAGUCAUCAGCAAGGCAGAGAUUUCCUGGUGGAGUAGCCUCAUCACUGAGGGGAGGAGCAAGAGGAAGGGGCACACUUUAUAAGCGUAGAAAGCUGGACAGGACACAUAGAGCGAGAGGCAGAGACACACGAAGAAUGGCAACACAGUUAGUGGGUGGUUUAACUGAACCUGCAGCCGUCACCGAAGAGAUUCAGGCCAUUGUCCAGUUUUUGAAGCCCUUGGUUUUGGAACGGUUGAAUAAACCUCUGCAUGUUUAUCACGCUAUCUCAUAUCGCUCACAACUGGUAGCUGGAAUGAAUUACUUCAUCAAGGUUGUGAUUGGGGAUGCUGAUGAUUAUAUACACAUGCGGGUGUUCCAGCCACUGCCUGGUUCGGGUGAGAAAGUGUCACUGUCAGAUAUCCAAAUGGGCAAGAAGCUGUUUGAUGUGAUUGAGUACUUCUAGGACAGACCCAGAGCAUUGCUUGUACCUCCCUCUCUUCACCAUCGAAUGCUGUUUCCCUGCAUUUUCCCUCCCUCUUGGUCCUGACCACUGGGCUCUCCCUGCCUCCCAGCUGCCUCUGCCCCAAUAGACUGGAGUGGUUGAAGAAACCAGCUCACCAUUACCUCCUCCACGGCGAUUAUUAACACGGCAAUAAAUGCUGGGCCAUGCUUCAAUGCUAGUGCUCCAUGGGAUUAAUGAUUCCAAUGCAAAAAACCCCUCUUCCCUCUUUACAUCAACCACCUCCAGUUCAGAAAGCCUUAAUGCAGUGCUCAUUGAAUCUUGCUCUCUGCAAGGGUGCCCUGGUCCCCUGAACAGCCCCACUCCCGAAAAGACAUCUGAAGUCUGAACUGCUCCUGUGACAUCGCAAGCUGACCUUGGAAUUCCCCCCUACGCCCAGCAACUGGGUUAUUCAACUGGAAUCACAUUGCACAGCAUUCAAUAAAAGAAUUCUGAACA